GCAAAGCUCACAAUCGGUUUCGAAGAGGCUGGAAAUUUCUAUCUCGGGCAGGGCAUUAAUCCCGUCACUGAUAUUGUUCCAAUGGAGAAUUCAAUCACAGCAAACCGACGGGAUGGAUUCCACACAACGCAAUAACACGAUGUGCAAACGGUAUACCCAUAAAAGGAUGAGAGAGAGAGUGUUCCUUUGUCUUUUUCGCGGACAUUACUCUCCAUUGGUUCCCGCAAAUUAUCCCGAAGCACGCGGCUCGGAACUCGAACCUGAGGCUCGUACUCGCUCCCCUUUAAUCGCCCUGUCACUCUCUCGUCACACUUUUGCUUUGGCACUCCAAAUUCGAAGAAAAAAGAAGAUAACCGGCGGCAGCGAUUUUCAAUCGGAUCGGGAAUUCUCGUCGCGGAUUUCGAUGGCUGACCACACUGGUGAGCAGCAGAAAGAAUCAACGGAGGCUUCGUUGAUGGAUAAGAUCACCGAGAAGUUUCACGACCACGAUUCUUCGUCGUCUUCUGAUGAUGAUUCCCACCACGAGAAAUCUUCGUCGACGACCAAGAUCUAUCGUCUCUUUGGCAGGGAGAAGCCCGUGCACAAAGUGUUGGGCGGUGGAAAACCUGCUGAUGUGUUCCUGUGGAGGGACAAGAAAAUUUCUGGUGGCGUGCUUGGUGUUGCCACGGCAGUAUGGGUGCUUUUUGAAUUGGUUGAAUAUCACUUGCUAACUCUUGUAUGUCACGUGCUGAUCUUUGCUUUGGCAAUCCUUUUCCUGUGGUCCAAUGCAUCCACCUUUAUCAAGAAGUCUCCUCCUCAAAUUCCAGAAGUUGAAAUACCUGACGAUAUUGUCCUGGGAAUAGCUUCUACUUUGACGACUGAAAUCAACCGUGCUCUUUCUGUACUCCGAGACAUUACAUCUGGGAGGGAUUUGAAGAAAUUCCUUGCUGUUAUCGCUGGAUUGUGGGUUCUUUCAUGUGUGGGGAGUUGGUGUAACUUCUUGACCUUGUUCUAUAUAUCUUUUGUAUUGCUGCACACUGUGCCCGUUCUUUAUGAGAAAUAUGAGGACCACAUUGACCCAAUUGCUGAGAAAGCAUCAGCAGAGUUCAAGAAGCAGUAUUCAGUCUUCGAUACCAAGGUUCUAAGUAAGAUUCCAAGAGGUCCAUUGAAAGACAAGAAGGUGGCUUAAGGACACACGUAGGUGGUGUUGUUUGAUUUAUAUUGGCAUGUGGCUACUUGUGCUUUUGUUUGUUUUGGAAGAUUUUGUUGCCUAUUUUCAGUUAGAAGUUAGAACCCAUGUUUCUUGGUUCUGCUUAUGAUAUGGUUGGCUUAAUAGUUAAAUUCACUUUUGUAUUUUGUAAUGAAGUUUGAAGCUGUAGAUGCUUAUUGUUUUCACCGUACGUGCAUGAACGGGAUUUGUUUAAUGAGCAAAGAAACAUGAUGACGUAUUUAUGUUUGUAGAA